AUGCUGCCAUACCAGAUGUUCAUGCUGCUUGCCGAUCCGAGCACUCGAAUGGUGGAAUCUCUCUUGAGUCUCCCGCCCUGCUUCCGAGAUGAGUUGAGUCAGAAGCUCAUGGAUCGCUUCGGCUCCGACCUGAAUGGGGCAGAGGCCAUUGCGAUACUAGAAGCCCUGGCCAGCAUCAUUGCAGUUGAUGUGGCCAGUAUAGAAGCUGGUCACUCUUCGGCAAGGGAAUUUGCAAACCUGCGUUCUCGCGGGUGGACCUCUUCUCUCGAGACCGUUUCGAGUCGCUUUUUGCUGCUUCAGCGGAAGACACUUGGUGCCACCACAUCACAGAGGAUGUCGUCAAAGGUGAAGCCGACAAAAAAAGAUGGGCAAAAGAAGAGACGUGGAGGGGGGGGGGCUUGGCGAGCCUUUGUGCAUCAGAAUGCCAAAGGCAUGAAGCUGACGGCGCAGCUUGCAGCCUCCCUUUCUGCUGCCUAUCACGAUCUGUCCGAUGCCGACUGGCAGCGGUAUUCUGAAGCAGGCCAGGCCGGUACAGCUGUGCAUCGUAUGUCCAUGCGUGCUUUUCCAGCACACCCCAGGCCGGGGCCCAGGCAGGGGCGAAAUGCUGCUGUUGGGAUGCUCUUGGACGGUGAUCGCACGCGGGACGGCGUCAUCGUAGCUGCUGAUGCUCCGGACGGUGCCAUCCAGAGCUUCGCUCGGGAAGGCACACUUACUGACAGGUAUGUCUCCUACCAGGCUGAACUUGCCGCUUUGUUCAAGGCUCGAGUGGAUGCAUUGGACCUUUCCAAGGAUGAGGUCGUGGCCCUUGCUCGUCACCAGGAGGAUGCACCGUGCCUGGCAGCAGCUCAACAGUGGGAACGUGAUGGCCACUCCGAGCUGGCAGCUGCUGUGAGUAAGGUUCCUGCUGCAGCGUCAACCACUGCUGCCUUCUCUUGGAAUCCGCACGUCGAGAAGCCGGUUCAGGACUUGCUGAGCAACGAGAACGUUGAUGUUCGAAGACAAUUCGGUCUCAACGCGCUGCUGCAAUCCAGGUGGUCCGAGCGCUGCCGGAUUCACUUUCAUGCAGAUCAGGCACCUAUAAAGCCAAUGACCGGGGCCUUCCGCCCUUCGCGCUGCCUGGUUUUGGGGUUCUGCUUUUGCGGAGAAUCACGUAUGUCAUGCCCAGAUGCCAUGCACUUUGCCAUGAAGCUUCGGCCUUUUUUGCAGAGUACGUUCCACAAGACUUCGGAAGCACGGCGGCAGCUCGAGCAACAGUCCGUGGUUCUCCAGUUUCGAGUCAUUCAUGAUCCUCUUGAUGAAGUGUCCACGACGGUUGAGCAUUUUGCUCAUAUUGGACACAUGAACUUGUCGACGUACCACUAUUCCCUGCUCCGACUUCAUGCAAAUCUUGAGCUUCUUGGCUUGCCGCCAGAUUUGUCUGACGACACCGGUGUUUUGCAAGCAGGCCACUUGUCGCCGGAGUGUGCUGAGCAAGCCAUGGGUGUUUACACGGAUCUGCAAUUUUACAGAGAUGUCCUUGAUUUGAGUUUGCCUUGGCACGUGGCUGUUUUCACGAUUUCGGACCAGGAGAACCAUUGGCAUCACCUAGACUCCUCAUCAAGCACAGUGCCCUUGGUCCCUUUCCCUGGCCUUGACCCUUCUUGUGUUUGGAUCGGCUCUGAAAAAGAAUCCGAAGCUCGAAGGCGGAGUCAGGAAGAAGCACAGAAACGAGCCCAAAAGAAAGCAGGUCUGGCAGGUCAAGGUGCCGGUGACCGCAAGCGCAAGAGGACCGGGGUUGAGGGAGGCCGCCGGCGUGGUGCCCCUGGCUUCGAGGAGAACGAGAAUGCAGCAGCUGGUGAAGCUGGUGAUGCUGCUGCUCCUGGUAAUCAUCUUCCACAGGCUUCGGCUGGACCUGAUGGGGCUAGCAAGGCAGACGACAAGGAACUGGAAGCAUUGUUUGAGAUGUUCGAGGACCCAUAUUUGGAGCAGAGAAAGGAUGCUGUUAGCGAAUUUUUCAAUGUCGACAACCCGGACUUGGAGGAGGAUGCUGCUGUGCAAAGCCUGGCAGAUGCUGUCCAUCAGGGAGAUAUUCCUGGUAAUGACUCCGACAUCGACACGGAUGCGUCAGAGUGGUCACUAGAUCCGCUUCUUGCAGACUUCGAGGAUGCCCAGGGACUGGGUGAUGAUGGUGAUGAUGAAACAGCUGCUGUUCGUGGGGAGCAGGUGGAAACUGCUUUGCUCGCUCCUGUGGCUGGUCGACAUGGUUCGGCCGCAGACCUCGACGAUGUGCCUCAAGCUCUUCCGGUGCCUUCCGGCCUUUCGGGAAGCGCUGGGGUGAUGAUUGGGGAGGCUGCAGAGCCUUCUGCACCAUCGGCGGCCCCACGAGCUCUGCAACCUGCUCGGCAGCUCGAGAAGCUCGAAUUUUCACUGGGAUCAGCAGGCAAGUUGAGAUAUGUGCCUGCCAACAAAGUGUUAUUUGCAAUAUGCCCAUUGCACCCGGACUGCAAAAUGGAACGAACUUGCCGGGGCCGUGGCCGUCCUGAGGGCGGCUUUGCUGGUCAGGGACGGCCGCUUGGCCUGUUGUGCCAAUGGUUGUUCUCCCAUGCUGAGUUUGAUGAUCAACAGAGCCACCUUAGAAAGUUUCGGCACACUCAUGCUUCGCGGGAGGAGGCUCGAUCGCAAUUCUUGUCUCUAGAAGGUGCUGCUCAGUUCAGUGCCACGGCAGAACGUCCUCAACGAGAAGGGGAGGAGUCGGAGUGCUACAUGAUCUUCUUCAGGAAGGACAAGUUCACUCUGGAGCACGUGAAAGGCUUCAAGAAACUGCUGGAGGACAUCGCAACAUGGAUUCGGGACAACCACGAGCCGCGAAGUUUGACAUCUUUCCUGCUGGAAGAAUCCAGCCCAAUUUUCCAGGAGCAUUGGGAAAAUCUGCAGAAGCAGAAGAAGCACGAGAUGCCAGUGGCACAGGCAGGAUAA